GCCCCUCACAAACUCCACCAUGGCGCCGCCCCAGUACCAGACGCCGCCCCAGCUGCCCCCCAAGUUCACGGCUACCAAGCAGAGCCUGGUCGACGAUGCAAAGAGGCUGAUUGACAGAUCACGAAGCGUCCUGGAUGGCAUUGUCCGCGACGUCAAGCCCGAGAGCGCCACCUUUGCCAACACGCUGCUCCCCAUUGCCCGCGAUGACAACAAAAUGGCUAUUGAAUCCCACAUCCUCGGCUUCUACAACGCCGUCUCGACGAGCAAGGAGCUGCGCGAUGCCUCGAGCGAGGUGGAGCAGAUGCUCGACGACUUUGGCAUCGAGUCGUCGAUGCGCGAGGACGUCUUCAACCUCGUCGAUGCCGUGCUGAAGAAGGGGGAGAAGCUCGACCCCGAGUCGCAGCGCCUGCUGGAGAAGGACCACAAGUCCUUCAUCCGCAACGGUCUGAACCUGCCCGCGGGGCCCAAGCGGGAUAGGUUCAAGGAGAUCAAGCAACGGCUGAGUCAAAUCAGUAUUGCUUUCCAGAAGAACCUCAACGAGGAGAAUGGCGGUCUGUGGUUCACGCCCGAAGAGCUCCACGGCGUGCCUGAAGAUGUUCUCUCGGGGCUCAAGAAGGGCGAAGGCGAGUUUGAGGGCAAGCUGUUCCUCACCUUCAAGUACCCGGACCUCUUCCCCACGCUCAAAUACGCCACCAACCCCGAGACGCGCCUCAAGGUCUUUGUCGCCAACGAGAACAAGUGUAACGACAACGUGGCCCUCUUCCAGGAAGCAAUUCUCCUCCGUGACGAAGGAGCCCGCAUCCUCGGCUACGACAAUCAUGCGCAGUUCCGCAUAGAAGACAAGAUGGCUAAGACAACCAAGACGGUCGAUGACUUCCUCGGAGACUUGCGCAACAGACUGGCGCCGGGCGGACAGAAGGAAAUCGAGAAGCUCAUGGAGCUGAAGAAGCAAGAUGUCAAGGAGAAUGCACUCACCGGCCCGCUCACCGAAGACUAUUAUCUUUGGGACAACCGGUACUACGACCGCUUGAUGCUGGAAAAGGACUACCAGAUCGACCACCAGGUCAUUGCCGAGUACUUUCCCCUGUCGACAACAAUCCAGGGCAUGUUGAAGAUCUUCGAGGAGCUCUUCGGCUUGGUCUUUGUCGAGAUUGUCGGCGAGGAAGAAAGGGCGGCUCUUGCAGAUGGCGGCAAGGGGUCCGACAUUGUUUGGCAUGAGGACGUGCAGAUCUUCAGCGUUUGGGACGACGAAGGCGAAGGUGCAGGCUUUGUCGGCUAUCUCUACCUGGAUCUUUUCCCACGAGAUGGCAAGUACGGACAUGCGGCCAACUUCAACCUCCAGCCAGGCUACAUUGAUGAGAAUGGCAAGCGUCGCUACCCCGCUACCGCCCUCGUCUGCAACUUCUCCAAACCCACACAGAAGAAGCCUUCGCUGCUGAAGCAUGACGAGGUCGUCACCCUCUUCCAUGAGCUCGGACACGGCAUUCACGACCUGGUGUCUCGUACAACUUACUCUCAUUUCCACGGUACAAACACUGUCCGUGACUUUGUUGAGGCCCCAUCUCAGAUGUUGGAGAACUGGUGCUGGACCCCUUCGCAGCUGCGCUCCCUGUCGCACCACUACUCCUACCUCUCUUCCGACUACGAGAAGGCGUAUCUCGAGUCCUCAGGCAAGAGCUCGAAGCCGGCCGAGCAGAUUCCCCAGUCGCUUAUUGCCAAGCUGAUCUCUACCAAGCACGUCAAUGAUGCCCUUUUCAACUUGAGGCAGCUGCACUUUGGUACCUUUGACAUGGCCGUUCAUGAGCCUGCUAGCCACGAAGAGCUGAAGAAGAUGGACAUUACAGAAAAGUACAACUCUCUGAGACGCGAGAUCAGUCUGUUGAAGGGCCCUGAGGCACUCGAGGGUGACAAAAAGGGUGACUGGCACUGGGGUAACGGACAGGCUACCUUUGGCCACUUGAUUGGUGGCUACGAUGCUGGGAUGACACAUGCUGACCAUGGCAGUUACUACGGCUACCUCUCGUCUCAAGUCUACUCAACCGACAUGUUCUACACUGUCUUCAAGUCAGACCCCAUGAACCCCAAGGAAGGCCGUCGCUACCGCCGCACUGUACUUGAACGCGGAGGCUCCGUGGAGGAAAUGGUCAUUCUAGAAGAAUUCCUCGGCCGCAAACCUCAAACAGAGGCUUUUUACCAGGAGCUAGGUAUCGCACAGUAG